AUGGAUAAUCCAAAUCAGCCAGCAACACCAACACUAACAACACAGCAGUUACCACAACAACCGCAACCAAUUAUUAAGACUAGUUUGAAUGGAUCAAAAUUGGAAUUUAACGAAGUUAUAUUAAAAGAAACUUAUGUACUUAGAAAUUUUAAAUUAACUAAUAUAGUAGAUUAUCCAGUUCAAGUUAAACUUAAAUCAGAUUUACCACAAAUUGCAUUUCAAUUAAAUAAUGAAAAUAUGCAAGAUGAUUCUGACGAAACUCCAAUUCAAGAUGACGAUUUUAAUCAAUUGUUUAACGAGGUCAAUUUAAUUGAUCAAGUUACUUUAUCAGCCAAAGAAACCAAGAAUAUAGUAAUUUCAUAUAGACCUUUCGAUCAAAUGUUAACAACAAGUACAAUUAAUGCUCAAAAGGAUAAAGAUAAUAAAGAUAAUAAAGAAAGUAAAGAUAAAGAUGGUGUUAGUAGUAGCAAUAAUAGUGGUAAUGUUAGUAAUAAUGACGGUAAUAAAGAAAAGGAAAAUAAAGAUAAGGAUAGCAGUAUAGAUAAAGAUGGUUCAAAUAUUAAUGGUAGUAGUGGUAAUUCAAAUCUUAAUACAAGUGAUAAUAUUAAACAGGAUAGCGAAUCUUCAGCAUCAAACAAGGGUGGCGAAAUCGAUGAAAUUGUAAGAACCGAUUCAGAUCGUUAUAAUUAUUUCGAAGUUAAAGGUAAAAUCACGUUUCAUAUUGAACCAAUAUUACCAACAGAUUCUAUCGGUAGUGUACCAGAGUUGCAGCCAUCACAAAAAGAAUUGGUUAUAGAUGUUUUAAUUAGAAUUUGUAAAUCAGUUUUAAAAGUUGACUCGAAUGAAUUGAUUUUUGAUGACUGUAUUGUUGGCCAAACCUAUGUAAAAGAUAUUACACUUUGGAAUAAGUGUGAAAUGCCGCUUCGUUUUAGCACUUAUUAUAAAGAGAAAUUUUUAAAUUAUUUUACAUUCACUGAUUAUACUACUGGUUUGCCCUUGUCCUCAGAGAACCGAAUUGUACAAAGUUAUUCAUCAAUGUCAAUUAGGAUAACUUAUCAACCCACUUCAAUUGGCCAAUUUACCUAUAAAUUUAAAAUUGAAAAUAAAAAUGAUUCAAAUAAUUAUGAGAUCGUUAUUAUACACUCAUCAGUCACAGCCGAGCAACAAAUCGAAUUACUACAAAUUUCAAAUAAUAAUAUUGAUUUGGGUGAUUGUUAUACAGAUGUUUCAAGAUUUCAAACAUUUACAAUUAAAAAUAUAUCAGAAGAAUCAAUUGAUGUUAAUUUCAGUAGUGAUUUAUUGGAUGAUGAGGUUACUUUUCAUUUUCAUGAAGAGGAGGGUGAUAAGGUUACAGACUCGAAUAGAUCAUUAUUAAUUGGGGAGCAUCGUUCAAGCGAUUUACCCGAAGAGUUAAAAUUAAAUAGUGUUGUUUCUAACCAUAACGGUAAUAUUUCAUUGGCCCAUAAUCAUGGUGUUGUAGAUAUUAAAAAAGAGCAGAUUGAAGAGCUUACUAUUAAUCCUGGUGCUGAAAGAAUUAUUCGAGUUCGUUAUUGUCCUAAAUCUUUAUUCCCACAACUUGAUGCCAGAUCUCACCGUUUAACUCCAAAGAAUUUUAGAAUUCUCCUUCGUUAUGGAAAAUCGUUAAUGAAGUCAAAUCAAAAAAAUAAAACCAUCAAAGUUGCUUCAAGAGUUUGUGCAUCUGUAGUUAAAAUUCCAUCUGAAAUUAAUUUAGGUGAUUGCACAGUAGGUACAACAAAAUCUACAACUAUACAAUUGGUAAAUCUUUCAGAUUUAAUGGCAUCAAUGCAGUUGCGUUUCCAAUCAAAGGUUAUAUCAUUUAAGAAUCAAACAUUUACAAUUCCUCCAAAACAAUCAUAUGACCUACAAAUAGAUUUCCUUCCACGUAAAAAUAAUCCAGACUAUCGUAAACAAAUCACUUUUGUAAAUUUAAAGAACCCAAAUAAUGAUCAACAAUUUUUAGAAGUCCGUGCAAAUAAUAUCGACGAGCAUUCUGUAUCUGUUCAUUCUAAAUUUUAUCAUUUAGAAACUCCAUAUAGUAGAAAUUAUAUUGAUUUUGACGAAACCAUAGUAAAUUGCCCAUCAGUGCGUUCAUUUAGUAUCAAGAAUGUCAGUAAAGGUACAUUAACUCUUAAUCUAUCAACAUCUCUCCCCGAGGAGGUUAGGUUAUAUUGUGAAGAAAAAGAAGUAGGUCUUUUAUUAUCAAACCAAACUACAAGUAGUAAGCAAAAUCUCCAAGAGUAUAUUUCAAAAUUCUUUGAAGGUAAAGAUCAUAUGGAUAAAUCAAAGGUUAAUAAUAGCCAAUAUUUAGAUUUGGCUUUACCAAAAUCUGGUAAGCAAUCAUCUUCAUCAACAGAUAAAUCAUCACCAUCACAACAAUCACCCCACCAACCUUCUCAGUCUUCUGAUCAAAAAGAACAAAGUACUAAACAACAACAACAAGAGAAAAAGAAAAAACUAACAAAUAGCAAUGAUCAAAGUAAUCCAAGCUCUAGAACCAACUCACGGGCAUCAUCACCAUCAUUUGAUUCAUCAAAUAACAGUAGUAAUAUACCAACUGGUACAGGUUCUACCAGUAUUCCAUCUUCAAUCAAAGAGGAGGAUAUUAUGGAUGAUGAGCCAUUAAAUCUAACCACACCAACAAUAAUUAAUACACAAAAGCAACAACAACAAUCAACUCUAACCAAUGUAAAUAGUAGUUUCUUAUCAUCAGCAGAUUUGUACCAAUUUAUCCAAACAUUUGAGGAUAAUAACCCACCUUUAUUUACAGAUUUAGAAAGUGAAAAUAAUUAUAUUAUUUCACAGAUUGAAAGAUUAAAAAAAUUAGAAUCAAUUAUCCAAUCAGGUCAAUUAAAAAGGGUUAAAACAGUUGAAAUUACUCAACAAUCUGAGGUUACAAUUUUUAUUGUUUCAAUAGUUAAUGAUUUAAAGAGACCUUGGUUAGGUGGUAAAUUAAAAAAUAUGGAAGCCAAGUUAUUUAUCUCACUUGAAAGUUUAAAUGGUGUUACAAUUAAUGACUCACCAAUCAGAGAGUUAAAUAUUGGCACUAAAAUUUGUAAAUCAAUUAUGGACUUGGCUCAAAGAAAUAUUAAUUUUGGAAAUAUUAUUCAAUAUGAUUACCGUACAAAGUCUUUAGUUAUUAAUAAUUUAUCACAAGUUCCAUUAAUUUAUAGAAUUAAGAAAUCUGGUUCAAUUACUAGUGGCAAUUUAAAUAUUGAAAAUAAUGAUCGUAUGGGUAUCGUUAGACCAUAUCGUAAGAGAGAGGUACCAUUCGUAUUCAAGCCAACAUUUAGCGGGGUUUUCGAUGAAAAGUUAAUAAUUGAAAAUGUUUAUGACAAUGCAAAUAAUCAGACAGUUCAUAUCAAAGCAAAUGUAAAGAAACCAAGACAUUUCUUUUUAAAUACACUAGAUAUUGACUUUGGGGUUUGCAUGAUCAAGGGUAAAUCAAUGACCAAGCGUAUUACUUUAACAAACACAAGUAGUCAACGCCGUAUAUUCAAGAUUAUUGAUGAUUCACCAUCAUCCUUUGAAUCUUGUAUAAAUAAAAUUUACUUUAAAUUAGAAGAGAAAUCAGCCUUCAGUAUUUCAAAAGAAACCGAAAUGGAAAUCGAUUUGUUAGAAAGAAAAUUAAAGAUUUGUCGUCGUAAGGGUCAACAUGAAAAAGCUUUAAAGAUAAAUAUGCAAAUUGAAAAAUUGCGUAAUUCAGGAUCUGUUACACCCAACCCAGUUAGUAGAGCAACAUCUCCAACUCAAAUUGAUGAAAUUAAUGAAGCAUCAUCAGGUGCUAAUAAAAAUGAAGAAAAUAAAGUUUCAGAUUCAAGCAAUACUUCAGCAACAGAUACAGCAACUGCCAAUACAUUAAGUGAUAAUACUGAAAGUGUAGAGUCACAAGCUAUAGUACCAGAAAAAAAACAAUUUUGUAAGCUUGGUGAUAAUUCAAUUACAUUUGAUAUUGAAGGAGGAGGUAUUCAAAAUGUUCUAGUUUAUUUCUCACCAAUACCAAAGCCAGGAAAAAGACAAUGGUAUGGAAAAGAAGAGGGAAAUGGAUCAAUUUUGGUUUAUGAAUCUAAAAAUAUUGAUGUCACCAAAAAGAUAAAUUAUAUUGCUACCGUUUGCUUUGAUGAAGAAACUUAUCGUCAAAACAUUACAUCAAAUAUGGGUGAUGGUUAUAACCUGCCAACUUUCUCACCGUUCAAAUCUCAAUAUAAUUUCAAUCCAAUUAGCUCAAGAUUUAGUCCAUCCUCACCACCACCCCCACCACAAUCACCAAGCUUUAGCAAUAAUAUUCUAUCUAGUACAACCUCAAUUCUUAAGCCUACACCAACUAAAUCUUUAACAACACCAGCAAAUUUAACAAUUCUUUCAAUUACUCCAGGUAAAAUUGAUUUGGGUGAAAUUAGAAUAUAUGAAGAUAUUUCAUUUAGAUUCACAAUAGUUAAUCAUACUGGUCAUAAAGUACCAUUCGAAAUAUUAGUUAAGCAGCCAAAUAAACCGGCAACAACAGCAAAUACAAUGACCACUACGGCAACAACAAACCCAUCAACAAUAGCAGCAGCAACAAUAACAUCUAAUAAUAGUGGUUUGAUAUUAUCACCUCCACCAUCUAGAGCCAUCAAAAACUCUUUAGUUAUUAAGGAUAGGUCUGGUAUUAUUGAGCCAUAUGGUAAAAAAUCAAUUGAAGUUAUUUGCCAACCCCAAAUUCCAGGUAAACAAACUCAUACAAUAGUUGUAUCUAGUACUCAAUUCAAUUUCGAAAGUAAUUUACUUGUUAGUUUAAGUCCAAGACCACCACAAUACGUAAUGUUCCCAGAUUUACCAAGCAGUAGCCAAAUUUUAGAUUUUGGUAAUUGUUAUUAUGACAAAUCUCAAAAGUUCGCAAAAGUUUUACCAUUCCGUUUAGAUAAUCUUUCACAUAAAUCUUUAUACAUUUCAUUAAAAUCAAAUCUUACUCAACAAGUAUUUGUAUUUAUCGACGAAAAAUAUUCAAAACCUGCAGAUAAUUUGUAUUUAAGUGGCUACCAAAAGACAGUUGUUCACAUUUGUUUAAAACCCAGUAUGACAUCAGAGAAUUAUGUUGAUGGCCAUUGCAGGGAAUUGAUUGGUGGUAUUAGAAUCAAAGUUCACGAUAGCGAUCAUAACUUGCUUUAUGAGAAUACUAUCAAGUUUACAUCAAUUGUUGGUAAGAGUAUUUUAAGGGUACCAAAGAAUCUUAUCGAUUUAGGUUCAACCAGAAAACUUGGUGAAACUAUUUCAAGUAGCUUUACAAUAUCAAAUCUUUCAACCCUAUUGCCAUUAAACUAUCAAAUUACCCAUAGUAAAAAUCUAAAGUUAAAUAAACUCGAAGGUAAUCUUGAGGGUAGUGAGGUUAACCAUGCAUUAUCAAGAGAAAAAAUUCAUUUUUCACUAGUCGCUUCCAUUUUUGGUCUUUACGAAGAAAGAAUUGUAAUUAAUAAUCUCAAUUGUUCUGGUCAAAAAGUGGAAAUCAAUGUACGUCUUUUAGUUGAUGAUGAAUCAUUAACUACUAAUUUACCAAUCAACGUUAAUGGGGGCGGUGAUAUGCUCCGUUUCGACGAUAUUUAUGUUAGUCCCGUAUCAUGGAAUGAAAAGAUUGCUGCAGGUGAUCGUAGGUUAUUAUCAUUUAUUAUCACUCCACAACAAUUUAAUUCAGAUAACAAUUGUUUAAAUACUAGCGAUCAACUUUAUCAAAUGAAACAAUUCACUAUGAGAAAUUACCUCAAAUAUGAUAUUCGUAUUUAUCCAAAAUCAAAUACCAAUAUCUAUUUAUUCUUCCAUGACCCAACCAAAGAGGAUUUACAAACUAUGAAGUCCCAAUCAAAUGACCGUAGAAAAUCAAUGAGACUUUGUGGUAAACCAUUUGUUAUGUCCAGUGAGCAAAAAGUAAUUGCCUACCCCCAUCCUCCAGAACCAGAUUCAGUUAUUUCAACAAAACAAAAACUUAUGCUUUGUAAAGGUCGUAAAGUUAAAUUCCAAGGUACAUUGGUAUUUGAAAGAUCAGAUUCAACUCAUUACCCAAUUGCUCCAGGUGAAGGUAAAACUCACAUUUCAAAAUUAGUCAGCAUUACUGGUAGUUAUUGUAUGUCUAUGGGCGAAAUUUUAGGUGAAACCAAUAUAGAUAUUGGUAGAGUUGGUUAUGAAAACUUUUGGAAAGAGGUAUUUAUUACUACAGAAAUAAGAAACCUUUCAGAGAUUCCAUUAAUUAUUCGUGUUAGUAGUUUACCAUCAAAAGCAUUAAGAAUUUUAUUAAAUCAUCAACAGAUAAAUAACUCUACCUCAUCACUAACCUCUCCAGCAUCCUCAUCAAAUAGAAUUUUACCAAGAAUUAAAUCAAGUAGUGGUGGUGAUAGUAAUGAUCAACAGCAAUAUCAAAUUGUUCAGUCUUCUGAAGAUGAGGAUAAUAUUGUAAUUGAAAUUCAAAUUCCAUCAUCAGAGUCGAAACAAAUAAUAAUUGGUUUGGAUCCAACUAAAAUUGAGCAAACUGUACCAGGACCAAUUCAAUAUCAAAUUCAAUUUGAAAAUGUUAUGAACGAGUUUAAUACAUUACCAUUAAAUAUCCAAUUGUAUCAUACAUUUAGAGUAUUAAAUUUUGGUCGUUUAGUUGAUAAUAGUGAUAUAGUACUCCCAACCAUUUAUCAUCCACCUCUCAUUGGUGCCUCAUCACAAUCUGAUGAAUGGUUUACUAUUGAAAACACUUCAAACAAACCAUUAAAGAUAAAUACAGAAGUUGAAUUGCUUCCACAGUUUGAAGAAUUAAUUCAAGUCGAAUUGGUACAUAAAACAUCAAAUACACCAAUUCCAAGUUUCUCAUUACGUCCAUUGGAGUUGAUCGAAGUUAGAAUUCGUGCUCGUCCACGUCCAGAUUCAAGAUUAAAAGAGAAAUAUGAAGAAAUUACAACAUUUGGCAAAAUUACCAUCAAUACCAACCAAUAUCCAAUUGAGGUUAUUCAACUUAAAGGUAUUGUUUUACCAGGUCAAAACUUUUCAUUAUCAUUAAACCGUUUAAAUUUCAAUGUUAUCUCUAGAAUCACAAACAAAGAAGGUGAAGAGCAGUCAUUACAAACUUCACUCUCUGAUUACUUUAAAGUUAAGAAUACAAGUACUUUUUAUCCAUUACGUUUCAAAGUUGAACCAGUUUUCCCACAAAACUCAUUAUUACCAGCAGACUGUGUCAAAUUAGAUCCAGAAGAAGGCGAAGUUCCUCCAAAUGAUGUAUUGAAUGUUAAUGUUAAUAUCAAUCUUUCAAAUAUUGAAGAUAUUCCACCCUCAUCUUCAUUUGCUGUUAUUGUUACUGCUUUAGACACUUUUAACAACGAGUCUCAAAAAGUUAAUAUUAAUAUUAUUGGAAACUAUAAACCUGUUACCAGCUCACCAAUUACACCAACUACCUCUGCUGCUUCAGCAACUACUAACACUGGAGCAACAUCCACCUCUGGACCAAGUUCAAAUAUUAAUACACCAACCUCAACAUCAUCGAUAUCAACACCAAUUUCAAUUAGCUCCAUUGUCCCAAAUACAUCUUUGCAAUUGAUUAAUAAUGAAAAUCCAAUUUCAUCACCAGCAGCAACAACAUUAAUAGGUAGUAGUGGAAGUUCUGCUACUCCAUUAAAUAUUACACAGUCUAAUCAAUUGUUUUUGUCAAAUGCAAAUGUCUCUAAUCCAUCAAAUCAAUUAGCCACCACCACAGGUGUUGAACAACAACCACUAUCAACAGGGUCAAUUAUACAAAUUAACAAAUUACCAAAAUUGUCUUUAAGAGGUUGUACACCUAUUGCAAGAUUAAAGAAUUGCUAUGAAAUUCAUCUUAGUCAACAAGAAUUCUCAUCUGGUUCGCUACCAUGGGAGUUAACUUUGGAAAAUCUUUCAAACAAACCAGUUGAGUACUCAAUCUAUUCAAUGAAAGAAAAUGAUCACACAUGGCUUAACCUUUCUAGAAAUAGUGGUAAGAUUGAGCCACAUGGUCGUCAUAUCAUUACAGCAACAUUCUCCACAAAACGUAUUGAUAUGUAUUCAACCUAUUUAAUCAUCGAAAAUCGUAAUAAUCCAGCAGACAUUAAGACAAUUCAAAUUACUUUUGAUGUUGUAGUUAAACAAAAUAGUCACUUUAGUGUUUUGGUCGAAGGAAAACAGAACCCAACCCCAUCCAUUAACUUGGGCGAUGUUUACUAUAACAUUACGUAUACUGAUCGUUCAUUUAUCGUAUCAAACUCAUCAUCUAUGCCAUUGGAUUUCAUGUUAAGCACAAGUUUACCACCAAGCGAUCCAACUGAAGUUUGUUUCUCACUCUCAAGAUCAUAUUUACGUCAGUUUAAUACCCUUUACGUAGAACCAAAUAGUCAAGUCAAAGUGUUCCUUUAUUUCCACUGCCCAUCACCACAAAACACUAGUGCAAACCCAUUAUCAUUAUCCACCAAUAAUACUACAACCAAAGAAAUUAAAAUCUUUUUAAAUUGUCGUUUAAUUCGUGAUUAUCAACAAGUUAUUAAUCUUACCGCAGCAUGUAAAUACCCACAAAUUAAAUUAUCUGACCUCAAUAUAGUUUUUAAGGGUAAAAUUUCAUUGGCUAAAGAUGAAAAAGAAAAACAAUUACAAUCAAACUCAUCAUCACCAGAAAAUACUUCAAUUAAUACCUCUGAUGAUAACAGUUUGGUUAAAAAAGAGAAAGCUGAAAUAAAGAAAUCAAAUGACUCAAGUAGCACUACAACAACUAGCUCAACUACAACCAAUACAACCACCUCUAGCAAAUCUAGUAGCUCAGCACAACAAGGCAAAAAGGUUAAUAUAGAGUUUGAUGAUUUUUCAUCUUCAAAUGAGGAAUUGGUUAAAGAAGUUAUAAUUUAUAAUAAUUUCAAUAGUGAACUUUCGAUUGCAGUUAAAGCCAAUACUAUUUUCUUCAUUAUCGACCCUCCAAGUAAUGGUAUUAUUUCUGUUGACCCCUUAUCAAGCAGUUGCCUAACAGUUCGUCCAAAUAUCCCUGCUAUUCUUGAGCAUUCAAAUCUUUUAUUAAAAGAGAAAUAUUUAGAAGAGCAUAUUAUUCUUUACAAUAAGAAUUGUUUAUCUGAAAAAUAUGUCGUAUCUUUACGUAUUACUACUGGUCAACUAACUUCAUUUUCAGCAAGCUCUGGACUCAAGGGUGGUUAUCAUUAUAGAUCUCUUGAACAACUAAUUACCAAGUUUAUUCGUAAAUUUAAGAAAUUCUGGUAUUCACUUUAUUUAUACUGUAGUAUACAACAACAGCAAUUACAGCAACAACAACUUCAACUACAACAACAGCAACUACAGCAAUUACAACAAGAACAAGAUAAAGGUUUAAAUUCAUCUCAGAAUUCUUUAUUAAUGAAAUCAUCAUCAUUGUUAUCGAUCAUUACCAACUCUGAUUCAAAUUGGGAAACAACACCAACAAAUACUACACCAACCUCAACACCAACUUCAUCCUCUGCAAAUAUUGCUCCAACCUCAACCAAUGCCAGCAGCAACACAACAGCAAUCUCAUCAACAACCUCAUCGCCCAGCCCACCAGUAUCAACAUCAAGCUCCUCAACACCAUCAUCAUCAUCAAUUUUUGGGUCAAACAAAUUAACAAAUGAAGAAUUAAAAGAAUUAUUGAACAUCUUUGACAUCCUAGAAAAUGAUGAUAAUCACGGUAAUACCAAUAACAACAAUAAUAACGACGAACAUCAACAAUCAGUUUUCCAUGAAUCUUACCAAAAACUGUUAUUUGAUCUUCAUCAUAUCACAAAUGAAUUGGUAUUAUAUGGUUUAAAAAAACAGGUUGGUCAAUUACCAUCACAACUAGCAACUCUUUUUUAUUUGAACCUGUUUAAACAUGGUGUUUUCAAAGUAAUUCUAAAGAUGAAAAGACAACUUUCAAAGUCCUCUGCCUUAGAGCCACAUCUCCAUAUUUUGAAUGCCUCGGUCGAAAGUUUAAAUGAAUUCCUUUGCUAUUUCCCCGAAAAAAGAGAUGACCUUCAAUCAUUACGUAAUUUACAAUCUGAAGUUACAAAAGCUGUUCAACAAUCUUCACAAACAAACCUAUCAUCUUCAUCUUCAAAUAUACAAACUAAAGAAAGUAAUGAAUAA